AUGGCUUUCUACAGCUCUUUCUAUUCUGCUUCUGAUUAUGGUGAGUACAAUUUCAACUCUUAUUCUCUCAAUUAUGAUAAUGCUCAAAUUCCAUCCCCUGUGGCUUACGCUGGCUAUGAGUACAAUCAACCAUAUUAUGCAUAUAAUCCAAGUUUAUACUAUGCUCCUAAUAACCCUGAUGAGGCUUACCAAACCAUAUCAUACUCUGCCACAACUUAUACUGAUCCAAAAUCAAUUUUGUAUGAUCCCAAUUAUGGUAUGAGUCAGCUUGUGAUUUCUUAUUCUAAUGUGGAAUUCAAUGUCCCUGAAUUUGAGGAUUAUGACUCAACACCUUAUGGUGGUGGGUAUGACAUUGAUCAGACCUAUGGCAAACCUCUAGCACCUUCCGAUAAAAUUUGCUAUCCUCGUUCUGGGUCAAGUCCAAUUAAUGACCCCAUUACCGGGGCCAUAGUGCCACUUCCUACUAUAGAAGAGGUAACUGAAGAGAAAGCAAUCACACCCCAGGAUGGAACUGCAGUUCAAACAACUGCAGAAAAACCUCAAUUACAAGAUAGUGGUAGAGAUCAGACAAGGGAAGUUGAAGAAAACAACCAUGAAGAUGAAGACAGUGAGAGUGAGGGAGGUGAUCAUGAAGAUGACUACCAUGUUGUGUCUGGUGUUGGAAGUGGGUUUGGUGAAGGGUACAGUGGAGGACAGGGUUAUGAGCAUGAGAAUCAAGUGGCUCCUCAAUAUCCUAGUGGAUAUGGGUUGGAAGCUGUGGAUAUUUGUGAAAGCUUGUUCGGGUAUUGGCCUUGUUUGGAACGUAUGAAGAAGAAAGAAUGUUAUUGUAAAGAAUUGGCUUCCAGAGGAAACAAUUGUCAGGAGAACAUGUGGCAAGGUACUGCAGAUUAUCUAUUUGGGAGUCCAUAUCCUUAUGGUGAAAGGGGGGAAGAUGGAAGCGGCUAUGGAGGAGAACUUGUCUAUGGCUAUCAAAGGCACUAUCCAAUGCAAACACAGUACAAACAGAUUGAUGAUCAUAAUCGUGAGUCUUGGUGA